AUGGCUGAAGUUUCCUCGAGGUUCCAAGUUCCAGUUCCCUCAACGGACAUUCUGACCUACAUUUUCGAUUCGCCGUGGAGUCCGAGCCAAGGCUACACAGAUGACGAACGACUCAUUCUAUCUGCUCGGGGGAUCGAGCAGCAUUCAUGCACAUUCAACCAUCUCAAAUAUCUUGUGAAGUGCUUUGCUUCGGGCUUCGGGAAGCGAGCCCAGCCAAACCCCAGAGUUGUGAUUUACGGGACGCUGAAUGUCAAUCUCCCAGCAGUUUUACUGGGCUCAAUAGGUGCAGGAGCAAGCUGUAACAUCUGUCCAGCAUACCCACUCGCGGAAACGACCGCCAGGUUUCAGACUUUGAGUGCAGAUUAUGUCUUCUUUGAACCGCGUCACCUGGAAACAGUUACAGCGGCAGCCAAGGUUGCUGGUAUCCCCACUGAAAAUCUAUUCGUUCUGGAUGAUUUCGAAAUUUGUGAAGAGUUGAGAUAUCCACUCCCCCAUUGGAGUUUACUUCUCGACCUCGUGGAUGGACCAACCUUUCAAUGGAAGAGAUUAUCCGAAGAAGAAGCAAAGACAACAACAGCUCUGUUCUGUCAUACUUCUGGAACGACUGGUCUUCCUAAAAUGGCUGAGCGAACUCAUUAUGGCUUGAUUGGAAACACUGCGCAGCUCUUGUAUCGCUAUCACCUCAAGCCAAGACAAAGACAUGAGACGUGGUUCUGUACAUUUAUGUACGCGGGGAUUGGGUUCAUCUUGUAUGGCCUCUUGAUGCCGUUGAAAGCUCGGUAUAGAACAAUAUUUAUGCCGCAGUAUAAACUUGACGGAUUUCUGUCCGCAAUGGAGACUUUCCAGCCCACCUCUUUGCAUACACCCAAGCACGUCUUUCAAGAUCUUUUGACAAAUGCCACCCAGGCAAAUUUCUCAUGUGUCUCUAGUUUACGAACUGGAGGAGCUAUGAUACCAAAGCGAAUGCGCGAGGAGUGGGUGCAACGCCAUGGGUCACCAUGCGAAGUCGUAUGUGGGAUGACUGAGGGAGGAAUCCAUUUUGCUUCGGACCCAAGAGAGCCGAAGGUAGAUGAGACCGUCGGAGAGCUCUUGCCUAAUCUGCAAGCACGAGUGGUGAAUCACGAUGGCCAAGUGCUCCCGAGAGGCGAAGCUGGUGAGAUUCUAAUCCAAAAUCCAUUUGCGAUGAAAGGAUAUUUGAAUGGAUCCAUCGCCUCAAAGGAGGUUUUCACCGAAGAUGGAUACAUCAAAACUGGUGAUAUUGGUAAGGUAGAUGAGUCUGGUCAUUGGUACAUUAUUGGUCGCCUCAAGGAUCUUUACAAACUAAAUGGAUCUCAUGUUAUGGGAUCCGAGAUUGAAGCAGCAGUUUUAUCACACCCCGAAGUUCUUGCAGCGGCAGUCAUUGCCGUGAAAGUUCCUGGAGCAGCGGAUGAUGAGCCUGUUCCUCGCGGGUAUCUUGUUCGGCGUCCGGGGUCUACCCUAGAGCUUGAGGAAUACAAGAAGUGGGCCGCCACCGAGCUGUCCGAGAGAUUUCAGCUAGAGGGUGGUAUUGAGUUUCUAGAUGCUUUGCCGGUCUCCGCGGGCGGAAAAGUAGAUCGAAAUGCUCUCCGUGAGAGGAGCGUUUCCCAGGUUUAA